CAUCGAACUUCGUUCACUUUUCACUAUAGCCUUCUUUGUUAUCAACAAUUGAGCCUGCAAAAGCCAUCUAUUAUUAAGGAGUGAGAAUUACUUCUCAAUAAGCCUUUAACUCUUGGGAAUUUCCCCAAGAUUAGUGUCGUCCACUGCACUUGGAAAAUCAGAAAGUACAAUGCAAUAACUGCAAGGUUCCUAAUUCAUUCAGGAACACAUCAUAGCAAGUUCCUUCGAGGGGGGUUUCCACGAGAAGCAGCUGCAACAAGUUCGAAUGAUCGGAAGAUGGGGAAAGCACAGUAGGCGAUCUUAAGGAACCAGUGGACACGCCCAAGCCAGUGAGAAGACGACCUCGAAGAUUCGAUGAUGAAGACUACUUAGGCUGAUUCAUUGAGCAAGUGUAUUGGUCAAAUUCGUAUGUUAUUAUGGUUGACUCCUCAUCGUCUGAGUCUCCUCGGUCUUCCGCGCACGGGGGAUCUGAUUGUGAGCCGGAGCCAAGCGAUCCUAUGACGCAUGUUCUUCCUGGACCUCACCAGUGGGACGUACUUAGGCGGCACACACAGCGCAAGCACGUUUCACAAGCUGUGUGGAACGAGGAGACGCAAAGGGUCCUAAAGAUUCGCAGAGGAGCCCGGGGCACUGGUGGACCCCAGCCAGAUGAUAUUCCAGAUGUGGUUGCGCAAUACUUGACCCAAGCUGGUUUUAUACAUGUCGCGCGCAUGCAACAUAUGCAGAUCGAUGCCAGCCUCAUCAGUGCUUUGGUUGAGAGGUGGAGACCAGAGACACACACUUUUCAUAUGUCGCAAGGUGAGAUGACUAUUACGUUGCAAGACGUAGCGGCUAUUCUUGGAUUGCCUACUGAAGGGAAAGUAGUUAGUGGAGCUACAACCAUGGAUUGGCAAGAAGUGUGUAACCAUGUCUUCGGGAAUGGGCCUAAUGAGAAUACUGAGUUAACUUCAGGUAAUGUUAGGCUGUCAUAUUUUGAUAGGGUAUAUGCACAUUGGCGUGCAGUCGCUGAUAAUCCCCAUAAUGCAAUUUAUUACACAAAGGCACAUAUCGCGCGCAUGAUAGGAGGAUGGCUCCUUUGCGACAGAUCCGGGGGUAGUGUAGCUGGAUGUCGCUACAUUCCAUUACUUGCAGGAGAAUUUCAGGAUAUUGGGAGCUAUAGUUGGGGGUCUGCAGUUUUGGCACACUUAUUUCGACAAUUAUGUGAGUGUACAGACGUCGACAGAUCUGACAUUGGUGGGUGCACCACUUUGCUACAAAUCUGGGCUUGGCUCAGAUUCCCACCCAUUGCUCCUCCUAUCCCUCUUCCUACUCAACCAGAAUGGCACUUUGGACAUCGAUUUAAUGGUUUAGGGCGUUUUAAACUUCAUGAACUACUUUGGUAUCGAGAUAGAUUAGACACAUUGUGCAGAGAUGAGGUGGUCUGGCAACCAUAUCUAGGCUAUGAUUUUAUGGGUGCAACUGUUGAGAGACAGCGAUUAUGGAUGGCUGUGGCACCUCUUAUAUGUUUUCAUAUCGUUGAGUAUUCCCAGCCUGACAGAUGUAUGCGCCAAUUUGGCAGGGAUCAGCCGAUACCUAUUCGGCCUAGAAAGUUGUGUGGUGUCCACGAUUAUACCCUUCGGGGUAAAAUGGAUGAGAACUGGCCGCGGAAGCUUAAAAAGUUCAUACGGAGAUGGGAGACCAGAGGAGAAAACAUAGAGAUGCCAGCUCUGAUGGAGGGUCUCAUGUCACCGAACCAUGGGUAUAUGGAGUGGUUCAGGCAGAGAGGCAGGCGCUACAUUACUAGGAGGGCUGCCAAGAUAGGACGUUGUGUUGAUGGAUUAGAGAUGUUACAUUUCAUGACCACUUCGGACCAAUUCCCAAACUACACUCUGGAGUUUAUUAAUGCGGAGAUUGGUCGUAUUAUUGCUAUUUUCAAAGAGACAUCCCGAAUUGAGGAGGCAGGACCGGAGGCACCCCCGACACAGGUUCCGGAUGAGGCACAGUUGUCUGUGGACGUUGGGCGUCAUGCGAAAGAAGGUCGUGGGCUUGGACGCCGUCGUCGGCCAAUGCCUCCAGUGUCGGAGCCUAUAUCAUCGCCUAGGCCGCGUACAUCUGGAUGGUAUAGGCCGCCCAUGUUCCCCAUUUAUGGCAGUCAACCUCAUUAUUAUGCACCCAAUAUGCAGGAGCAGGCAUAUCAGCCUAGCCAAGCUGGAACGUAUCCACCGAUGGACUCGCAAAGCCAACAGGUAUAUCAGGCUAGUCCAGUGGCCAUGGCAUCUGGGCAUAGUCAAGAUCAGAGUAGUGAGACUCAGAGUAGUUAGUCUUAGAGUAGUCAGACAUAAGAUCAUGAUAGGCAUAUUGAGGAGGCAUUUGCAGGUUGCCAGACCGUCAGGCACGUCAUCAACAAUGGCCUCCUCCAUCAUAGAUUUUAUAUUUGUUAUGAACAUGGACUUUCUUA